UUCUCUCCUUUUUUUCUUCUCUAAGAGAAAGAGAGAGUUCUUCAAAGAAAAUCUCUUCUUCUUCAUAUCCCUUUUGGGGUUGAAGUAAAAAGAAGGAAAAAAAAGAAGAAAAAAACCCUUUUGUAUUCCAAUUUUUGGACACAUAUAUACCCAUCCUUCUAUACAUAUCUUUUUUUAGGGAGUUUUUACUUUUUUAACAAUGGAUUCGGGUUCUUCUGCUUAUUUGUCAAUGGCAGAUCCUUUCUUGGUUGAAGCCCUUCAAAACCCACGUCAUCGUCUCACCAUUCUAAGAAUGGAACUCGACAUUCAGAAAUUCUUGCAAAGUUCCGAUGUGCAACAGUUUGAGUACCCACAUUUUCCGACUUCCUACCUUCAUCUUGCUGCGCACCGUGUUCCUCAACACUAUGGUUUGCAGACUAUGGUUCAAGAUAGUGUUGUGGAUGGUCAGGGAGCCAAAAUCCCGGUGACAAGAAAACCUGAAAGCAAAUACCCUGGUGUGCGUUUAUCGGACAUCCCACCUAAACAAUCUAACAGUGGUAUCAAAGUUUCAUCCACCGACAAUAAUUUGAACCUUUCAAUUCUUGCACAAAGUUCAGUCCAUGUACCUGUAGUGUCACAGUUUGGAAAGACAGUGGAAAUGGCUGCCUUGAUAUUCCACAAGAUAUAUGCACCUCCUUGA